AUGUCCAAAGGAACUCCCUCAACCGGUCGGGCAACGGCCGUCGACACGGCCCUCACCGCGGCCGUCGCGGCUAAGAAGGCCGCGAAUUUGGUCAAGAAGGAGCGCCAGCAGCUUUUGGAAUCCCGGAAACUGGAAUCAGCUCUUCGCGCACGGCUGGCCGACAAGCUUCAGACCUUGAAUGCUUUGCGCUCCAAACGCCAGACCCAGGCGACACUGCGAAGCCUAGCACGGCUAGCCACCCCCUCGGGCGAUGGCGGCGCCCAGGUGGUCUCGUCGGAAUGGGAGCCGGUCCAGCGGCGGCCGGCCCAUCCGCUCCGCGCACGGGCCAUGGUCAAUCGAGCCCGAGCCGUGGCACAGAAGAAGCCUUGA